CCUCCCUACCCUCACUCUCUUGCAAUCACUUUCCCACAUUUCUCUCUCUCGCUAUUUAUUUCCCUUCUCAAACAACACAAACCAUUCUUACGACGACGAAGAAAGGCGCAGAGAACAGAGAAAGCGAAAGCUCUUCGCCACAACAAACGAAGUAGAAGAAGAAGAAGAAGAAGAAGAAGAAGAAAGAGAGGAAGAGACAGAGGAAAGAGGAAAAAUGUCGUGGCAAACAUACGUGGAUGAGCAUUUGAUGUGCGAUAUCGACGGCCAAGGCCAGCAACUCGCGGCUGCUGCGAUCGUCGGCCACGAUGGCUCUGUGUGGGCCCAGAGCUCUUCCUUCCCUCAGUUUAAGCCUCAGGAGAUCACUGAUAUCAUGAAGGACUUUGAUGAGCCGGGUCAUCUUGCUCCUACGGGCUUACACCUUGGGGGCACAAAAUACAUGGUCAUCCAGGGAGAGGCUGGAGCUGUCAUCCGUGGAAAGAAGGGAUCUGGAGGUAUUACCAUAAAGAAGACUGGUCAAGCUCUAGUUUUUGGCAUCUAUGAAGAGCCUGUGACACCAGGACAGUGCAACAUGGUUGUUGAGAGGUUGGGGGAUUACCUUAUUGACCAGGGCCUGUAGGCCAAGGUCUAUCAUCAUUUGAGUUGUUGUUUUCCUUCUCUUAUUCCCUUUUUAUUUCGGUUUCAAGUGUGCAUCGAUCUUCAUUUGAAAGCCUUAAAUUGGCAGUGAAGUUGUUGCAGACAAUAACCAUGUGAGAACUAAAACAUUUAUCUUGUAUUUGGUUGUUUGAAUUGCGUUUACCUUGAUAUUCUAUCGAUUUUUGUGUAAUACUACUUGCUUUUUUCUUCUUC